UAUAUAUUGUGCUCUAUUCAAAUUGUUUCCUAAUAGAUUCACACAAAGAGGGAGAAAAAUUACUUCUACUAUUUUGUGCUAGAUUUGGGUAUUUCGAAUUGGCCUUUGGUUUUCUCCCAACAAUAUGGAUAUGUACAGAUUUUGAGAGUGGAAAAGGUUAAAGGGAAAAUAUAAAAGUAACACAUAUGUUUUGGACUUUUAUUACCCAGUAUGCCAUAGUUGAGACAAUAGAUGGUCCAAACAAAUACAGUGGAGCGUCAGCGGUGCUUAGUGUACACCAACCAGGUGUCAGGGGUAAACAAUAUAGUGCAGGGCGAAUGAUGAUUCAAAAUGGGCCUGAUAGCUUACAAGUCGGGUGGAGGGUGGAUCCAACUCUGUUUGGUGACUCAAGUAGUCGACUAUUCAUAUAUACGAAUGCAGGUCAAUCUCAUUGUUUCAAUACAAAUUGUCCUGGAUUUGUGAUUGUGGACACAGAUAUACCUCUUGGUUCAGUAAUUGAAGAGGUCUCUAUACCUGGAGAGACACCAAUUGAGUUGGAAAUCUACAUCUUGCAGGUAAAAUUUGAAAACUCUUAAUAUACAUGAAGUCCACACCUAGACCACUAUAUUGGCAGAUCACAAGUUCCCAAGUCAUG